AUGGAAGACAGCGAUGCCGACGAUGACUUGCAGGAUGACUUGCCACGGUUUACCAUGCACCCCAUUUACCUGGACAGAUUUACGAAAGGUGUCAACAAGUAUUUUGGUCUGAGUGGUCAAGUUGUGAUAGCACUGACAGAACAUCUUCAAAAUGAAGGAAGAACUGUGUACACAGAUAACUUCUAUACAAGUCCAAUUCUCACUCAUUACCUGGAAUCAAAGGGGAUUUACAUCUGCGGCACAGAAGGACUGACAACAACAAGAAAAAAGAAAGAUGGCACCAGAGUGGAAUUCCCCUGCCCCCCAGCCUCGUCGCAGUACCAGAAAUAUAUGGGUGGUGUCGACCGAAUGGACCAGAUGACGAGACUGAAUAAACAGAAGAAGACAAUGCGAUGGUAUAGGAGAGGCGAGCGCAAACUGCUUGAAAUAUCAACAUACAACGCUUACAUCAUAGAGGGACACACCAUCGACCACGAUCUACCUGGGAAGAGACGGCGAGACCUGUUAUCUUUCAAGCUGGACUUGGCGCAUCAACUCAUUGAAGGUUUCCAAGGACGACAAAGAGCUGUGCUGGGUCGACCAAGAAGUGAUGCAUCAAACGCACUGAUUCGACUAGAUGGGAAAAAUCAUCUACCUGUGCCAGGUGAAGGUACAAAUCACCUGUGUUAUGUGUGUAACUUGAAGCAUAAAGUUUAUAACAAUGCAAAUCCUGGAGUGCACUACUCAGAAAAUCCCCACAAACAGAGAAAGACCUCCAUGAAAUGUGACAAAUGUGAUGUGUACUUGUGUUGCAACCCCAAAAACACCUGUUUUAAAGAUUUCCACACCCAAGUACACCUGUAG